AUGAGAGAAAUAAUAAGUUUUUUUACCUUUGUGUCCACGCCAUGGUUCACGCCAGAAAUAAAGGAAUUGUCCAGCCAAAAGAAAGAAUUUUAUAUACGGUAUCUACGAAACAAAACUCCAGAGAAUUGGAACAGCUACAAAAAUGAACGAAACAGAGUAAACGCGACGAUAAGAGCGAUUAUAGAAGACUAUUGGGAAAGAUUCACGAAAGGAAUGGAAAGGGACAUGUAUGGAAGCCAGAGAAGAAUUUGGGGAAUGUUAAGGAGAAACAAACAAGAAAUAAAAGAUACAGUACAAACAAACAAAAUUACUAUAGAUCAGUGGGAAACGUACUUUAAAAAUCUAUAUAGGGAAACAGAACAAAUCGAGCAGCCUAUAAUAGACACGGAAGACGACAACAAUAUAGAACUAACGAUUGAGAUGAUAGAAGAUAAUUUUAAAUCCCUCAAAAAUCGAAAGAGCCCAGGUCCUAAUGAAAUCACGAACGAAAUGCUCAAAUACGGCGGACCCAACCUGCAGAAAGAAAUAUUAGCAUUUUUUCAGAACAUAAUUAGUAAACAGAAAAUACCCGCCGAAUGGAAGAACAGCACAACGAUACCCAUAUUUAAAAAAGGUCAAAAAACAGUCCCAGAAAACUAUCGCGGAAUAACAUUAUUAGACAGCACCUUAAAAGCAUUCACUAAGACAAUACUACAGGAAAUCAGUAAAACUAUACAAAUUAGAGACGAACAACAAGGAUUCCGCAAAACCGCUCGACUAUUGACGCAAUAUUCAUUAUUAACAAAUCGUUGA